AGCAUGGCAUGUGUGGACAGAUAGACGGAUGUGAGAGGACUUCACCUCAUUAUGAAACCCAAUCCAUCAGUGUUUUUGUCAGGAUUCCCCAGCACUGCAGCGGGGACAACAGAGUUUACACGUCUGUGGGAAUCAGGGGCAACGCAACAUUUCAUGGUCAUUAAACUUAAAAGUUGCCUGCGGCACAGUGUGUGCCCAUCACAUGCGGCCAUAACUUUAACAGAGCCACUGAUCUGUUUUCCAAGAUGACAUAAAUUGCUUUUACUGUGCAAUUUAUUAUGAGUUAAUAAAAAUUAAACGUGCGAGUCUGAUCAAAAAUCUGUAAAUGUAAGCUCCUGCUGAGUUGGGAAUCUUUGCUGUGGUGCAGCGUGCGUGCGCCCCUCCGCUCCUCCUCUGGAGUCUACAGCGGGGCACUCCGCAGUUCCAUUAUAUCCCGUAGCCUUUUUACGCGCUCGACGUCCGCAACCACAGCGCCUCUCUGAGCCUCUCCUUCCACUUCGCUCUUCGUGGGGAGAAAAAAAAAGACACUCUUGUUGGCCAGAGCUCCGAUGGAGGAUCACUCUGUCUGGUGUUCAUGUGAUCCCCUCUAGAGGAAGACUUCUGUUGUCCUCACGACUCAUUUUCCAACGCGAUGUGGGAGACGCGCUAUGUGCGCGGAGAGCUCCCUUCAGUCGCGGCCGCUUAACUAAAGGGGGGGAUCCCGGCUCGCUUUUCAUCCUCUGCUCCCCUAGGAACAAGAGGAGUUUGCAUGCAAAAGGUGGUCUAUCGCGGCAAGCCAUGGAGGGACUUGCCUAAAGAAGAUCCAACAUAGGAGAAAAGUUUUAGGCUUUUUUUCUUUACCUUUUUUUUUUGCUGCAUGUUGUUGUGAAGUCCACCCCCCCCCCACCCCACUCCCCUCCAGAAGUCUGAGCAUCUAUCAUCAUGGCUGAGAAGCUCGGACCAGCUGGGCCGAAGCCCACCAACGUCCGAACUACACCCUCGCUUCCCCCUGAGCCCAUAGACAUUAUUCGCACCAAAGCCCGAACCCGCAGAGUCCGCCUUAAUGUGGGAGGUUUGAACCAUGAGGUCUUGUGGCGGACCCUGGACCGGUUGCCCCGAACCCGCCUCGGCAAGCUCAGAGACUGCAACACCCAUGAGUCUCUGAUGGAGGUCUGCGAUGACUACAGCUUGAACGAGAACGAAUACUUCUUUGACCGGCACCCGGGGGCCUUCACCUCCAUUCUGAACUUUUACCGAACAGGGAAGCUGCACAUGAUGGAAGAGAUGUGCGCCCUUUCCUUUGGCCAAGAGUUAGAUUAUUGGGGGAUUGAUGAGAUCUACCUGGAGUCCUGCUGCCAGGCGCGUUACCACCAGAAAAAGGAGCAGAUGAACGAGGAGCUGCGGAGGGAGGCGGAAUCCAUGAGGGAGCGGGAGGGAGAUGGAGAGUUUGAUAACACCUGCUGCCCGGAAAAGAGGAGGAAACUGUGGGAUCUCCUAGAGAAGCCCAGCUCCUCAGUAGCCGCCAAGAUUCUUGCCAUCAUAUCCAUUCUGUUUAUUGUCUUAUCCACCAUCGCUCUGUCUCUGAACACCUUACCAGAGCUCCAAGUCAUGGAUGAGUUCGGCCAGGCCAAUGACAACCCUCAGCUAGCGCACGUGGAGGCAGUGUGCAUUGCGUGGUUCACCAUGGAGUACCUGCUCCGCUUCCUUUCUUCUCCCAAUAAAUGGAAGUUUUUCAAGGGUCCUCUCAAUGUUAUAGACUUAUUGGCCAUUCUGCCAUAUUAUGUCACCAUAUUCCUAACAGAGUCCAACAAGAGUGUGCUACAGUUCCAAAAUGUGCGCCGUGUGGUGCAGAUCUUCAGAAUCAUGAGAAUACUGAGGAUCCUAAAACUUGCCAGACACUCCACAGGGCUCCAGUCUCUAGGAUUUACUUUGAGAAGGAGCUACAACGAACUGGGACUGCUUAUUUUAUUUCUUGCCAUGGGAAUCAUGAUAUUUUCCAGCUUGGUUUUCUUUGCUGAGAAAGAUGAAGAUGCCACUAAAUUCACCAGUAUCCCUGCUUCAUUCUGGUGGGCCACUAUUACAAUGACUACAGUGGGAUAUGGUGACAUUUACCCACAAACUUUACUUGGGAAGAUUGUUGGUGGACUCUGCUGUAUUGCAGGGGUUCUGGUAAUAGCUCUACCGAUCCCCAUUAUUGUAAACAACUUCUCUGAGUUCUAUAAGGAGCAGAAAAGGCAGGAAAAAGCCAUAAAGAGGAGGGAAGCCCUUGAGAGAGCCAAGAGGAAUGGCAGCAUUGUGUCAAUGAACCUUAAGGAUGCUGUUGCUCGUAGUAUGGAACUAAUGGAUGUGGUGGUAGAGAAAGGAGAAGACAAAAUGGACAACCACCUGUCGCCAAGUCGUUGGGGUGGCUCAACCAGACAUGCUACUUCCGAAAGCAACCUAAGAUCACCCGAUAAAAGAAACCCAGAAAGCUCUCCCCAUCGUGUAACCAUCACCACCACUGGAAGUCCGCAGCGUAUCAGCAGGACCCCGCAGCACCUUAAUGCUCAGAAACUGGAGGAAAUGUACAACCAGAUGACAAAGUCUCAAUCUUUUACCAAUCUCAACACUACAAGCUCCAUGAGCACUUUGAGCACAACAAUGACCGCCCCUGCCUCACCAAAGAAAUCUCUCAGCCCUGAAUCUACUCUGAAGGAGAAGGUGCAGCUGGAGAUGAAGGAGGUCCAUCCUUCUUCAGAAGAUAACCUUGCAAGUUGUUCAAUUGACUUUUUAAGGCAGGGCUCAGACGAGGAGAAUUCUGGACCAUGUAAGAUCAAAUGGCCAAAAGCUCCACCUUACCUGGAUCUCAGCCAGCUCAGAGCCAUUGAUGAUCUAAGCCCUCCUGACAGCUUUCAGAAAGAUGGCUUCUAUGACUCUAUCAACCCCUGUGAGCGAUCAGAGUUUCGCACUGGAGAGAAAAUACACUUUAACAGCUCUGUGGACAAAUUCCAAGGCCCUCCAACAGGUAAUAACUCUCUAAAAAUGAAAGGAUCAAGGGUCAUCUUCAAUAAAACUUCCAGUGAAUGCCCUCUAACUCCACCUAGCACUACCUCUCCUGGAGACUUCAGCUCCAGUAUCCUGGAAGAUGAGUCUCCGGCAGGUGAGACAUCACCACUCAUCCGUAAUUCAGAGGAGCUGCUUCCAGUCAAAGUGGAGGACACCUGCAACUUCUCGCCUAAGAGGCUGAUGGUAGACACCCCACCAGGAGAUGAAGAUGAAUCUACGGAGCACCAUGAUGACAAACAUCUGAUGGAGGAGGCUGGUGCUGCUGUCGCACCUUUGUCACCCAAGAAAACGGCACAAAAUUGCACCCAAGGUGGGGCUGGGUCGAGCGACGAGGCCGUGUCUGACAGCAACCAAAGUGGACACAAAGUAGAGAACCACAUGUUUACUUCCGAUAUUCACCUGAUACCUGGAGAUGCCAGCCUCUCUCCAACCUGCGAAACAAGUAUGUGAAGGGAAGCACUGAGGAACAAUACUACAACCUAAGCCUGGGCUGUGCGAGAACAGGGGGAGGAGUCAAGGGUGCAGUAGGAGUGAAAGAUAUUUUUGCAUGGCAUGACAAGUCUCUUAAUACUUGUGUUGUGAAUUGCUGCAAAAGAAACUGCAGUGCUUUUUGCAGGUUUGACUUUGAAUACUCAGCAGGCUCAGAGAGCAAGAGGAUCUUCUGGAAAUGCGAUAAAAGAUUUCAUUAACUAAGAUACAGGUUCACCCAAUGUACAUAAUGACCGUCUCUUUUUCUAGCAAGAAGAGGAAAUGCACAGUGGGAUUAACUGUUAAAAAAAAAAGCAUGCAUUUAAAAAAGACGGAUAUUUUACGGUGCUUCGUUUGCUAAAAGCGCUCCGUGUACAUACUAGGACAUGUAAGGCAAUGGCAAUGCACAGGACGGAAAAGGAAGACUUGAUGGUACAAUUACGUACAAUGUGAAAAAAGGAGGUACAGGGGUUUGAAUCAACAGCCCUCAGACCGGGUGUUGCAUAGUAGCGACCUAUUAAAAAAACAUAUCAUCACCUUUUGUGGAAAUGCAAAGUGUUCCCGACCUGUAAUGUCUUUUUGUUUCCUGUGUAAAAUGGUGAAUGAAGCUGUAACAUCGAUGCUAUUGCUUUGGGUUUUCAUAGCAACUACAGAAACUUUAGGAUUUUUUUGUGAAAUAUUCAAUUUUUGACUUAAAAACACUCCAGCAUAGAGCAUAGAUCUGGACAACAGCUGCAGAAUAUAAUCUCCAGCAUGAAAGGAGCUAUCAGGUACUAAAGCCAAUUAGAUAUAUACACGUAUAAAUCAGUUUUAAAAGCUAGAGUACUUGUUCAGUCAUUUGAUUUAAUCUAAAUCGAAGAAAAACAAGUGUUUAUUAACUGGUAUUAGAUACACUAUACAUCACUAGAAGUAGAUACAAAAUAAAUAGAUAAUAAAUGAUUUUAGAUUGGGGUCAUAAAAAAAAUUCUAAAGUAGGUGACACGUUAAAUCAGCACAAUGCACUUGGUAUUUAUAUAGAUUAGUUUAUAUUAAAAAUACAGUAUAUUAGUAUUCCUUCAUUCAUUCAUAGGUUAAUUGGUUACUCUAAAUUGCCCUUAGGUGUGAACGUGAGUGUGCUUGCGUGUGUGAUUUGUGGCCCUGCGACAGACUGGUGACUUGUCCAGGAUGUCCCCUGUCUCUGCCCACGAGUGGCCAGGAAAGGCUCCGGCAGCCCCGUGCCCCUGAAAGGGACAAAACGGGAUUAGUGGAUGAAUGAAUGAAUGAAUAUAUUAGUAUCUGUUCUUGCAAUUUAAAUUGGAUAUACCACAUAAUAUGACAAUACUCCUCUCGAUGUCAAUGGACCAAACCAAGCACACUUACAAGCUUCAUUUACAUCAGCUUCGUAACAUUUAUGAUAUUUACAUCUGUUUUGACAGUAUUUAUGUUUGUGUCUUAUGUUUUUGUUUUUUUUUAACCUGCAUCAUGGUCACUACGCUAUAUUCUGCACCCUGGUGUUAUUUUGGUUUUUUUUCUCCAGCAACUUGACCUGAUCCUGCUGAUAAGCUUAGUGCACCUUGUUUAUCUUAUAGUAAUUGUGGUGUCUUGGACUCUUUUUUUUUUUUUUUUUUUUUUUUUUUUUUAGUGAACAAAACAAUUUUCAGUCAAACUUAAACCCAAAGGAGUUUUCUUUAUUUUUCUUUCACUUUUUGUCGUGUUUCUUUUUGCUUUUGUUCUUAACUGACUGAAAAUCUAUGUUGUACGUUGCCUUUGAUUCCAAUUUUUCGCUGGAAUGUUUGUUUGGUUUGUCUCGACAAAACUCACUAAAGUGAGUUGUUCGCUUUUUUGUUUGUUUUUUAUUAUCAUGUCUUUCUGUUGGUUUGAUUUCUCACAGAGAGGUGUGGAAUGUGCAAUACCGCAAACUGCAAUCUAUGCAGGCCAAGAAUUGUGGCACUUUAUUUUAUUUCUAUGGGAAUUUGUAAGUGUACAGGCAGAAAUGACUUGUAUUUUUCCAAUGUUAUAUCUUUAAUAUGAGAUAAAACAGUAUUUCAAAGACAGAAAUCUCAUUAACAAUGCAAACUAAAAUCAGAUGGGGGGGGGUUUCUGUCUUUCAUAUUAUAUUUCUGGCAUGAUACUAUCAAGAGUUUUAAAGCCAGAUAUAAUGGACCUUCAAUUUGAUUAUAGGGAUCCAAAUUGAACACCGGAGCUUUUUUUUAUGGCUGUUAGAUUUAGAUAAAAAAUGUUUUAAAAGUCUUUGGACGUUAUUCAAAUGAUCCUAUUUCAGUGGCCACAAAAUAAUAAAGGAUUUUGUUUUUGUGAUUUAAGAAUUGUUCUAUUUUUUGUAAACCAAAAUGGAGCACGACCACAAUUUCCUGCCAUAUGGUGGCUGAAAUAAUGCGUGCCUUUUCAUAAAACUGCUGUUUAUGAGAAGGUAGCAAGUAAAUUUUGCUUUGUUCAUAUAACACUGUACAGAAAAAUUCUAAUUUUAUAGGAGAAAUCAGGUCUUUAUGUAAUAGAUUACAAGUAAUACUAUUGAGUUCUCAGGUUUUCUAUAACUCUCUGAUGCUCUCAUUAAAAAUAUAACUUUUUUUUAAGGUUUUUUUUUUGUUUGUUUAUUCUUCAACAGCAAACAAGCUGGUUAUGUACUCUGCAAGCAAGGACACUCAAACAAAUUGUGUGUUCCAUAUUCAGUAUCCAUCAUCAUCCGCCUUUAAAGGAAUAAAAGAAAUUUUCAAGCGACGACAGGAAGAGACCUGUUGUACAGGAAUCGACCCAAUUCCAGCUCUGGAAAAAACCCUCCUCCUUAAUCCUGUGGCGUAAAAGUGCAAAAACAUGACUUCCCAAGCGUUUCAAUUGCAUCACGUCUGUUUGGGCCCACAUUUUCCUUUUUGUCCUUACAGUUCAUGGUACAUACUGUUUGCCGAAAGUAGCAUAAUCAGACUCAGUAUCCAGACGUUCAUGUAAGGUAUCUUUGUUAAACAUCCAAUCCCCUCAUCAAAAGCAUGAAAUGUGAGGUGGUCAUUUAGAGUUUGUCUUUUAAUCUAAGGGAGUUUAAAUGAUAACCUUAUUGUUAAAUCCCUUUUUGUGUACCUGUACAUUCAUGUUUUUCCUUCAUCCUGUUUGCAUCAUGUUUAGUCUGAGUAAUCCUUUCACUUUGUCAAAUAUAGUAGGAAAAAAACAAAGACAAGGAAGCUGGAUUAAUCGGCUACAUCUGAAGCAAAGUUUAUGUGGAAGUUAGUUUUGCCAGCAAAAGAACCGUGCGCUGUCCUCACUGUCUCACAAAGACAUAUUCAUCUGUGUUACUGUAAAUGGAAAUGUGGUGUCUUUAUUUUCUCUGAGAGAACGUGUACUGUCCAUGAUGCUCAUUUGUGCUCACCAAACACUUUUCCCUGAAAGCAUUAUUGUUUUUCUUGUCUUUGUGUAUUCUGCCUCUUAUGUUUGUUUUCUUUUUUGUUUUUUGCUCUUAAUUGAGCUUUGAAACAUCAACUUUAUUAGACUCAUCCUGAGCAACAGACUGUUUCUGUACAAGACAACAUCUUUGUAUGCAUGUAGUAGUCUGAGCAUUGUAUGACCACAGAACACUUUGUUAUGGUACAUGUAUGUCAACAUUUCUGUAGAGCAUCAACCCCACUACAUCUAUUAGCAUUAUGCAGAAUAACAAAUAAAUGUAUAUAUAUAUAUAUAUA